AUAAAAUGCCCAUUAAAAUUGGGUCGAAGCCCAAAUUAGAACUAUAAAUUACACAGAAACCCUAAAUUCUGCUGCUAUCUUUCUUCUUCCUUCAACACUCGAAAUUGGGUGCACCAAGUGGUGAAAAAUGCAGAUCUUUGUGAAGACCCUGACGGGUAAGACUAUUACCUUAGAGGUAGAGUCAUCCGACACCAUCGACAACGUCAAGACCAAGAUUCAAGACAAGGAAGGCAUCCCGCCGGACCAGCAGAGGUUGAUUUUCGCAGGUAAGCAGCUCGAGGAUGGCCGGACACUAGCUGACUACAACAUCCAGAAGGAGUCCACUCUCCACCUUGUCCUUCGUCUCCGUGGUGGUGCUAAGAAGCGUAAGAAGAAGACAUACACUAAGCCAAAGAAGAUCAAGCACAAGAAGAAGAAGGUCAAGCUCGCUGUCCUCCAGUUUUACAAGGUUGAUGAUUCCGGCAAGGUCCAGAGGCUCCGUAAGGAGUGCCCAAAUGCUGAGUGUGGUGCCGGGACCUUCAUGGCUAACCAUUUCGAUAGGCACUAUUGUGGUAAAUGUGGUCUUACCUAUGUUUACCAGAAGGCUGGUGGUGAUUAGAUGAGUGUUAGUAAUGUCUUACUCUUAUGACAAUACUUUUGUAAUGUCUUGUUUGUUACAAGAUGUAAUGAAUUUUGAAUUAUCAGAUUAUGUUGCCUGCUUAUAAGAAGUUUCAAGACUUUUUGUCAAGAAAAA